AUGGGGAAAGGAAGAGCGCCAUGCUGUGACAAGAGCAAAGUGAAGAGAGGGCCAUGGAGCCCUCAAGAAGAUCUCACACUCAUCACUUUUAUUCAGAAACAUGGCCAUCACAACUGGAGAUCUCUUCCCAAGCUAGCUGGACUGAUGAGAUGUGGCAAGAGUUGCCGGCUGAGAUGGAUAAACUAUCUGAGACCGGACGUGAAGCGAGGCAACUUCACCAAAGAGGAGGAAGAUGCCAUCAUCCACUUCCACCAAACCCUUGGAAACAAGUGGUCAAAGAUCGCGUCUUUCUUGCCUGGAAGAACCGACAAUGAGAUCAAAAACGUGUGGAACACUCAUCUCAAGAAACGAAUCUCUCCCAAUUCAUCUCCCUCCUCCUCUUCUUCUUCUUCAUCCAUCUCUUGCACUCAUGAUCAAACCGAUCACGACAAGAAUUGUGCCAUCGUUCACGAAGAAGAGAAUUACGAGAGCCGAGACUCGCCGUCUUCGUCUCAUCUUCACGACAAGUGCAUGGACACAAAGCAAGAGCUUUGUGAGGAGGCUAAUGAACUCCACGAGAUCCAACUCCUUCUCGACCAUGACGACUCUGAUGAUAUAACCUCCGCAUAUCUUCAAAACAAGGAAAUGCUGUUUCCACUAGACUCGCUUCUUCAUCACCACGAGGCUCACAUUUCAACGGAGUUGUUUCAGAAUACAAGCGAAGAUCUGGUGACCAAACCACAAUCAUUUGAUCAUCUCCAGCCAUGCGAAUUUGAAGAAAUAAACGGAGAAUUUGACUUGUGGACGCAGCUGGUUGAAUCAAACUCGCCUGUGCCUAGUCAUAACAAUGAGGAGUACAAGGAGUGGUUCAACUUUAUGGACAACCAAACUUACUUGGAUGACUUUACUUUGGUCGGAGAUGUAUGUCUAUGA